AUGGUGUCCAACCUUCUACCUGUGCCUGCUCCGAGCCAGGCACACGCACCAUCGAUGCAUCUUACUUUAAUGGAGCGGUUCUGGCGCGUUUGCUUUCUCGUUCGAUGUUUCUUCAACAGCGUAAGAGAGCGAGGAUUAUACACCACAUCGCGGGUACGGCUGUCGCUCUGGUUGAACACGGAAAGCAAGCGUAAGCGUUUCGCCAGAGGUCUGGGUCUCUUCUGCGCUAUCUUUGCGAUUAUUCUGACUUUGACCUCCCUCCGGAUCGACGAGGAUCUCCGCCGCUACCAGACCAGCGCGCACAUGGACUAUCAUUACAGGGCACGCAUUGCUCGCUUGAACAAGGCACUCGUGCGGCGAUGGUGGAUUCGUGCGGGCAACGCUUCCUACGAACGCACCCGAAAAAACGUACCACCUCUUGCCAACAGUCUGGACCUCCAAGUGAAUGGUAACAUCAUGCGAGAUGUUGACGAUCCUUUUGUAUAUUGCUCCAAAGCGCCGCUCUACCUGGACAUUGCAGAGGCGACCCGGAGAGCGGUCGUUGCUGCAGCAUACCCUGCACCCGCAAUCUCAAUCAUCUUCGUUACAAAACGCCCAGGAGGCUAUGAUAUGUUGUUGAACUCACUUGCGCAGCAGAGUCGCAAGAGCCCUCUAGACUAUGAGCUCAUUUGUGUUGACGAGUUGGCACCGUUCCGCGCGGAGCUGGUGCGCGCACAAGCCCGCGAGCUGGGUAUCAAUCUUGUCGCAAUCGUUCCAAGCAAGCCACGUCAGACACGUUACCACUCGCUACCGUUCGGCAUCUACAAUGCACUGAAUACCGGUUUCCUCCUGAGUCGUGGUCGAAUUAUCACGGUUCUCAUGGACAAUGGAUGGCUCCCUGCAAACUACAUAGAGCGCACGCUCGAAUUUUAUGCCAACCCUGCACACGCUCGCUCAUUCCUCGCUUACCCUGAGUGGUUUUUCACAACGGAAAAACCGGAUCAGCAGCGUCUCCAUAAUCCGCUCACAGCGCAUCUGUUUCCGGACCCAUGGAUCGCACCGCCUGUGGAAUACACCAAAGGCGGACGGAUGCACGGUAAUUCCUCCAUCCGGAACGUGAACCCCGGCUACAUGCGGCCCGAAGAGCUAGUCCAGGCGUGGCGACGCGGAGAUCCAGCUGGAUUCGUUCAACAAGAUCCGAAAAAUGGAUUCUGGGAAAUGAGUUUCUGCACCUGUCCAUGGAGCGCCAUUGAAGAACUCAAUGGCCUGGAGGAGUUUCUUGACAUUGGCGACGACUGUCACGAAAGCAACCUGCGCUUCCGGGCUCAUCGUCUGGGUUACGAUCUGUGGAUCGAUGGAAACACCAUUAUUCAGAACGUUUGGCACAAAUUCUACGAGGACUCUAAGACUUGGAACCGCUACGCGUCGGAUACCAAUAUUCCUCGAUUCUUUACUGAGGAAAUGUCCGCAAUCAAGGCCGGCAAACGCCCAGUUGUGAGCCAGGACGCCCAAGUCGACUGGAAAGUAUGGCGCAGCUUGGAUUGUCCCAUUCAGGUUGCUCGACCGGGUGCUAUUUUCUGGUGA